UCCCGGUCCCUCCCAUCCCUCCCGCCGCCGUCGACGCCGCGCUGGCUCCGAGGGGCGCGGCUUGCUACUCUCCCGGCCACCGCCAUGUCUCGGGGCUCCUCUGCUACCUCUGUGGAUGACAAGACCUUACUCCUGGAGUACCGAUGCCACCCAGUGCGGCCAGAGCCGCCCAGCCCGACGUGUGUCCCUGGGAAGCGCAGCCCCACCACAGCUCCCAGUGCCACCCCGCUGUCACCCCUGGGCUCCCCCACCUCGGCCGAGCCCCGUCGCAUCGUCCUCAGCACGCACAGCCCCGCCGCGCUGAAGGUGGGGACGCAGCAGCUCAUCCCCAAAAGCUUGGCCGUCUCCUCCAAGCCCAAGAACAGCCCCUCCCGGCCCCAGAGCUUUGGGGCAAGCCGGGAGCCCCUGAGCCCCGACCCGAAGCGGGCGGCCGUCCCCAUCCUGGCCCUGGAAGGGGAGGAUGAGGAUGAUGGCGGAGGGGCCCUCAAGCGCAACCUGAGGAACAUGUCCUACCGUGCGGCCAUGAAGGGGCUGGGGGCUGAGACGGAGCCAGCCAAGGCCUCUCCCUCACUGAAACCCGUGUCUGAGGAUGGCAGCGCCCUGCCCGACCGCAGCCCCGGCAGGAGCAAGAGAACCCUCGGGCGGAAGCGGGUGGAGAAGCGUGGUGGCUCAUUCAAGGACCAGCCCCGGCUGUAUCAGGAGAUCCGUGAGAGAGGCCUGAACUCUGUCAGCCAUGAGUCAGACGAGGACUUGCUGGAGGAGGCCCUGCCAGAGGAGCCAUCUCCUCUGGGUGCUGCCAUCGUGGUGCAGAGCUACCGCCCGGCCCAGGUGACCUGGAGCCAGCUCCCAGAGGUCCUGGAGUCGGGCAUCCUGCAGAGGAUCUCCCCCGAGGAGCGCAAGCGGCAGGAGGCAAUGUUUGAGAUCAUCACUUCUGAGUACUCCUACAUGCACAGCCUGAACAUCCUGGUGAGCCACUUCAUGAGGUCAGAGGAGCUGAAGGAGACCAUGACUCAGACAGAGCACCACCACCUCUUCUCCAACAUUGGGGACAUCCUGACAGUCAGUAAGAGCUUCUUUGAGGACUUGGAGAAGCGACACCAGGAGCACCUCCUGAUCCCUGACAUCAGUGACAUCGUGGAGGAGCACGCCUCGAAACACUUCAACCCCUACAUCAGCUACUGCUCCAAUGAGGUGUAUCAGCAGAGGACACUGGAUAAGCUGCUAACCACAAACCCCUUAUUUAAAGAAACCUUGAAACAAAUUGAAAGGAAACCAGAGUGUGGAGGCCUGCCAAUGAUCUCAUUUCUCAUUCUGCCCAUGCAGAGGGUAACACGACUUCCUCUGCUCUUAGAUACCGUCCAGCAAAAAACAAACGCGCGCACCGCAGCGUACGGAGCUGCCACCCGCGCUGUGAAGGCCAUCAGCAAGCUGGUCAAGAGCUGCAAUGAGGGAGCUCGGGCUAUGGAGAGGACAGAGCAGAUGUACACCUUGCAGAAACAGCUGGAAUUCGGGAAGAAGAAGCCUUUCCCGCUGAUCUCGGUGUCCCGGUGGCUGCUGAAGCGGGGGGAGCUGCACCUGCUGCUCUCGGAGGAGGCCGGCAAAUUCCGCCGCGGCGCCGGCCGCCUCUGCCACCUCUUCCUCUUCAACGACGUCCUGAUCAUCACCAAGAAGAAGAGUGAGGAGAGCUACACAGUCAUGAACUACGCCACGCUGGACCAGGUCACCGUGGAGAAGGUGGAGAGCUCAGACCCACCCUCCCCUCCUCCUGGCAAGGCUGGGGGGCACCUGCUGCGAGUGGUGCUGGAGAAGGACAGCGAGGGCCGGCGGGAGGAGGUGGUGCUGUCAGCAGAGACGCUGAGUGACCGGGCUCGGUGGAUUGCAGCUCUGAUGCACAGGGAGAAGGAAAAGCCUGACACCACUCCCAAAGGAGAUCUGAGCCAGGUGGAGAUCACCCGUGCCUACCUGGCCAAGGAGGCGGAUGAGCUGUCCCUGCAGCAGGCAGAUGUUGUCCUGGUGCUGGGGGAAGAGGAUGGCUGGUGCUGGGGGGAGCAUUUGCGGGAUGGGGAGCAGGGCUGGUUUCCCAAGGUUCCAUGGCCCUUCCAGGCCCUGUCAGAGCUCUGUUCUCUCCUAGGCUGGUGCUGGGGGGAGCGUUUGCGGGAUGGGGAGCGGGGCUGGUUCCCCCAGGCCUGUGCCAGGCCCAUCACCAGCCGUGUGGCCGCCGAGGGCAACGUGCGGCGCAUGGAGCGGCUGCGCAUCGAGACCGACGUGUAGGGACAGCCCAGAGGGGAGCCUCUGCCUCAGGGAGCACCAGACCUCUGCAGACUGAGCCCACGGAGAGGAGGCAGCAGCAGAGCCUUUCUUCUUGAACUGUGCUUGUGCCAGGCGGCAGAUCUCAUCAGCCAGGAUGGGUUUGUGACACAGCAGUGACACAGCUGUGAGAGCUGGCAUCGGGCACUCCUGGCAGGGCUGGCACUGGUGACCCGGAACUGGCUCUGGGAGCAGCCAAGGGCUUGGCUCAGAUUGGAAAGUUGGAGCUGUUCUGGGCUCUGAAGUGUCUGUGCCACCGUCUCCGUCCCUGCUGGCAGCUGGGCCAGCGCCUGCUGCACACCUGGUGUGGGGAGAGCACACCCCAGUCAGGCUUUGUUUGGAGCCUAAAUCCAAGUGCUUGGCUUAUUCCUCCACCCAGUUUUGCUCCUGUUUCUCUUUUUUCUGUCUCUCCCCCCCACAGUAAUUCUUGGGCCCUUUGGGCAGAGCCAUGCCCUGCACAGGUGAGGUGAUGCCAGACACCUUUUGGUCACUCGAUAAAAUAGUUGAUGCCAGAGUUGUUCCCAUGGAGUCAGCUCUGGGGCCAGGACUGGGAUAUGCUCCAGGCAGGGGGUGAAGCAGGGGCAGGAUGAGGAGCAGCGCUGCAGCUCCCACCUGCCUUUCCCUCCUCCCAGCUGGGGAGGGGGCUCUGCCCUGGGCUCAGCCCCUCACAGCCCGUGCAGGGCACAUGGCAGCUACAAUUUUGGGGUGCCAAACUUCACAUUCACUGUUCUGAUCAAACUGUUCAACUGUAAAUUAUGGUAACAAUAAAUUCUUAGGUACCAAUGAA